AUGGCGCUCACUGGCGCUCCGCUGGCCGCUAGUGCGGCGGCAGAGAUGGCGCUCACUGGCGCUCCGCUGGUAGCAAGUGCGGCGGCAAAGAUGGCGCUCACUGGCGCUCCACUGGCCGCGAGUGCGGCGGCAAAUAUGGCGCUCACCGGCGCUUCGCUGGCUGCAAGGGCGGCGGCAAAGACGGCGCUCACUGCGCUCCUCUGGCCGCAACGCAACAGUGCAUGCACAAGCGACACUGAGCGCCGUCUUUGUCACCGCAUUAGCUGUCAGCGGAGCGCCACCGAGCGCCUUCUUUGCGGCUCACUAGCGGCCUGCAGAGCGCCACUUAGUGCCAUCUUUGGCGGCUCACUAGCGGCCAGCCAAGCGCCAGUGAGCGCCAUUUUUGCCGCCGCACGGUGCGGCCAGCGGAGCGCAGUGAGCGCCGUCUUUGCCACCGCCCUUGCGGCCAGCGGAGCGCCAGUGAGCGCCAUCUUUGCCGCCGCACGGUGCGGCCAGCGGAGCGCAGUGAGCGCCGUCUUUGCCACCGCCCUUGCGGCCAGCGGAGCGCCAGUGAGCGCCAUCUUUGCCGCCGCACUAGCGGCCAGCGGAGCGCCAGUGAGCGCCAUAUUUGUCCCCGCACUUUGGGCCAGCGAAGCCCACCUGCGCAUCAGUGGCCAGCAUAUAAAUCUUCAAACCUCAACUUUAGUCAUCAACCUCAGCGACUAG